AUGGCGGCCCGUGCGUGUCCUAAAGUCUGUCACUGCACGGACAGGAGCGGCGUGGUGGUGCAGUGCACCUCACGGAACUUGGAGAGCGUCCCGACGAACCUCCCCGAGGACACGGUCGUCCUCCUGCUCUCCUCCAACCGGAUCAGACGCAUCACACAAGAGGCCUUCACAGACCUCCACCGCCUCAGGGAGCUGGACUUAUCCCACAACGCCAUCGAGAGCGUGGAGGUCGGCGCCUUUCAGGGGAUUUCAGAGAACCUGCGGAUCCUGGAUCUCUCCAACAACCACCUCAGCGGCCUCCCCAAGGACACCUUCGCCAAACUUCACGCCAGGAUCCGCCUCUCCCACAACCCCUGGCACUGCGAGUGCUCUCUGCAGGAGGUUCUGCGCGAACUGAGGCUCGACCCCGAGACGGUGAACGAGGUCAGCUGCUCCACGGCGGUGCAGGAGGAGUACGUGGGACAGUCGGUCAUCCAGGUCCUGGACUCAGGGAUCAACUUCUGCAACUUUCACCACAAGACCACCGACGUGGCCAUGUUCGUCGCCAUGUUCGGCUGGUUCUCCAUGGUGACGGCGUACAUCAUCUACUACAUCAAACACAACCAGGAGGACGCCCGCAGGCACAUGGAGUACCUGAAGUCUCUGCCAAGCUCCGCCCACAUCGCCAAAGACUGCGACACGGCCAGCAGCGCGCUCUGA